ACUCCAAAAAAUAAACAAAGUUACUAUUGAUUUCAAACGAUAAGUUUUAAUGUGUUAAUUAGCUUAGUAUCCUUUAGUUAACACAAUGUCAAACAUUGUAAAUCCAAGUACGUACUUAAAAAGUGUGCUGCACAACGGAGUAGGAAGAUAUGUGUGCCAACUGCAGCGAAUAACUUUCAAAUUUUCUAAAUCUCAUGGAGGGAGCAAUGGAUUACGAGAAUUUAUUGAAUUAGAUCUUAUGGAUUUCGCAAAGGCUAAUCCAGGUGUUGUUAUCUAUCUCAAACCUCGAAGAAUUGGCCCUCCUAGCAUCACAGCCGAGUAUCUCAAUGGUCAUACUCACUAUCAUUCAUUUCCGAAGAAAAAAAGGGAAGAUAUCGUAAAAUGGGUAGAAUUUGCUCGAACCCAGUCCGGAUAUCCGACUUCCCGGUUUGUUUCUAACCAGCAUACGGACACACCCAGCAUCCAAGGUGUUUGGACACCUUUCACUAACAAAUCCACUAGGUUAAAUAUCACCGAAUUUCCGAGUGAAGAGCUCAGCAAAGCGGAAACCUUCUGGCCGUCGGCAACAGAACAAUUAAUAGAAAUCGCGAAAUCAGUUGAACCGCAGAAAGAUCAUGAUGAGAAAAAAGAGUCGGCUAAAAGUAUUGCAUGAUGCAUCAUUCAUAAUCAUUCUUAGCUAAAGAAUUGAAUUCUGUGUUCAGUGAUACUUAGAUUUUGUUCGAAGUUAUAUAAUAAAUUUUAAUGAAUUCAGUUAAUGUUUUGUUUUUUGACCAAUUUAUAUAACGAACUUAAUAUGCUGAUUAUUGUUUUGUUUUUUUUCUAGAAUAUUUAAAAUAAUUUCCAGUACUAAUUGGAACACUAAUAGCUGAAAUAUUUUAUUAAAUUUAUACUGUUUGGUUUCAGGCAGUGUUCUUGGUAUCCUUACAUUCUGAAAAGAAUUAAUACAAUUUAAAGUCCUCAUGCACUGCAAAAAAAAAUUUAUUGAUAUUAUAAAAGAAAAAUUGAUCUUAUUUUUUACUCAUGUUUCUUGAUACUUGUGAAAUCCAAGCGAAGUUUGCUGGCUGAAAAUCAGGUCACAUUUUGAAGCCUCAACUGA